GCUAUUUUAAAUGUAUGCUCUUUUUUUUUUACAGCCGGUCAGAAAUGAAAGUCGUGUCCCAGUUCCUUCAUGCGGCAGUAGUAGUCGCUGUCUUUACUCUUCCAUGUCUUGGACAGGCAGGAGACAAAUGUGCAGGAGUUCCAGGCAUCCCGGGGACUCCGGGGUCAAGUGGGGUGCCUGGGAGAGAUGGGCGUGAUGGGAUGAAAGGCGAUCCAGGACCACCAGGUCCAAUGGGCCCUCCUAAUGGUCUGCCAGGUGCUACUGGAAGAGAUGGACUUCCUGGUCCACCAGGGCCAAGAGGUGAACAAGGAGAAAAGGGAGAGAGAGGACCAGAAGGCCAUCCUGCUUCUCUUGAUCCAGAGGUACAGGAAGUCCUCAGAAGUCUGAAUCAAAAAAUCUUAAGGCUUGAAGGAGUGCUUCUUCUCAAAGGAAUGAUAAACAAAGCAGGACAUAAAAUAUUUGCCACCAAUGCACAGGUAGUGGAUUUUGAAACCAUACUUCAAACAUGCCAGAAUUCUGGGGGUUCUGUUGCAACACCCAUGAAUAAAAAGGAGAAUGAUGUUAUUUUGGAGAUUGUGAAAGAGAAAAACCAAUAUGCCUACCUGGGAAUUAAGGAGAGACCUAUUCCGGCCGAAUUUGAAUAUUUAGAUGGAAUGGCUGUCAAUUAUACAAACUGGCGUCGAUAUGAACCAAAUGGCAAGGGAGCUGAAAACUGUGUUGAGAUGCAAACGGAUGGCUCCUGGAAUGACAAAAAAUGCAACCAGUAUCGUCUCACUGUCUGUGAAUUCUAGUCAGAUUCCUCCAUCUACAUUACAAGCCUAAACCAACAAAGACUGCCUUGGCUUCUGGGAAUUGUGGUUCUGCAGAUAAAAAUCAGAUCCCCCCCCCCAACAUCUGCCACAAAGAAUCAAGAAAAUUAGGAUUUCCAUGCUUAGGAACAUUUACAAAUAAUUUUUAAAAAAGAUUUAUCUGUUAGAUCUAAAGCAAAGCACAAUCAUUGAUGUUCAAAUGCAUAUUCAAAUAUAUUGAAAAUGAGUGUGAA